GCUUUUGCCAUCUUGUGUUGAGAGUCGAAUAUUUGAUGUUUAUAGAAGCAUGUUUCACCGUUAAACACUUUUAUGCUAGAACAAACUGUUGAAUGACAUUCAGAUGAAAGAAUUCUUUGCUUCAACUGCAUCCUUUAUUCUCAUUUGUUAAAGACCAAAUGAAAAUGUUAUACAAAACAAAUAUAAACAUAUUUAUAUAAAUCUAUGGUAGAAUUAUUGUGAAAUAUUUCUCUUGGAUUGAGAUUAAUAGCAAAAUUUCUCUACUCCACUGUGUGGAAUAUGUGCAAGAUGAUUUUGCAUUCUAAUUAUAUUUUGCCAAACAAAAGAAUUUGCUGCAUUCCAGAUGGAAUCAUAGCAGAAGAAUGAUUUGUUGGAAAUAAAAUAUAAAAAAACCAAAACUUCUAAAUAUUGUGAUAAGAGCAGAAGAAUUAUGGAAAAUGAAUUGUGUGAGAACCAAAUUGAACUUAAAACAGAGUCUAAAAAUAUUCCUGAUAAGCUGAAAGAGAUAGGAAUAACAUCUUACCACUGUGAUAUAUGCAAAAUACCGUUCUCUGAAAGAGGUAACCCCACCACUCACAAAUGUAUUCAUGUAGGAGAAAGAAUAUAUCGUUGUGACAUUUGCAGCAAAUCAUACUCUCAAAUGAAUUAUUUAACUCGACACAAACGUACUCAUAAAGUUGGGAAACCACACAACUGUGAUACCUGUGGUAAGUCAUUCUCUCGAAGUGAUAGCUUGACCAAACACAAACGUGUUCAUACAGGAGAGAAACCAUAUCACUGUGACGUCUGUGGUAAAUCAUUCUCUUGUGGAAGCACCUUAACUAUUCACAAACGUAUUCAUACAGGAGAAAAACCAUAUCACUGUGAUAUCUGUGGUUUAUCAUUCUCACAAAGUAUUCGUUUAGCUAUACACAAACGCAUUCAUACAGGAGAAAAACCAUAUCACUGUGAUAUCUGUGGUAAAACAUUCUCUGAAAAAGGUGUCUUAAAUAUUCAUAAACGUAUUCAUACAGGAGAGAAGCCAUAUCACUGUGAUAUUUGUGGCAAAUCAUUCUCUCAUGGAAGUACCUUAACUUCCCACAAGUAUAUUCAUACAGGACUGAAGCCAUAUCACUGUGAUAUCUGUGGCAGAUCAUUCUCUCAAGUUGGUCAAGUAACUAUACAUAAACGUAUUCAUACAGGAGUAUACCCAUAUCAGUGUGAUAUCUGUGGUAAAUCAGUCUCUCGGAGUGAUCAGUUAAGUGAACAUAAACGGACUCAUACAGGAGAGAAACCAUAUCACUGUGAUAUCUGUGGUAAAUCAUUUACGGUAUCAAGCAGCUUAACUAUACACAAACGCAUUCAUACAGGAGAGAAGCCGUAUCACUGUGACAUUUGUAGUGAGUCAUUCGCUCGAAAUGAUCAUUUAACUGAACACAGAUACAUUCAUACAGGAGAAAAGCCGUAUCAGUGUGAUAUCUGUGGUAAAACAUUAUCAGGGAGUAGUGGUUUAACUAAACACAAACGCAUUCAUACUGGAGAGAAGCCGUAUCACUGUGAUAUCUGUGGCAAAUCAUUCUCACUAAAUCAACACCUAAUUAAACACAUACGUAUUCAUACAGGAGAGAAGCCAUUUCACUGUAAUAUCUGCAGUAGAUCAUUUGCUCAGUCAAGCCAGUUAAAUAAACACAAAUGCAUUCGUACAAGACAGAAAUCUUCUCACUAAUGUCUCUGCUAAAACAUUCUUUGGACAUCAAAUGCAUUCUGAAAGGAGAAACCACAACAAUGUGAUGUUUGUCAGUUAUUUUCUAAAAGAAGUCAAUUCACUACACAUGUGCAUUCAUACAGAAGAGCAACCAUAUUAAUGUCAAAAGCUAUUCUGUGGGGAAAAGGGCCACACCAUUAAUAGAGAGUAUUAUGUCAAUUUGCUAAGGCAAUUACAAAAGGCUAUCAAGACCAAAUGCCCAGGAAAACUGACAAAAGGGGUUUCAUUUCAUCUGGAAAAUGCUCCUACACAUGAGUCCUUGGAUUCAAUGAUUGCUGUAUGUGAUUGUGACUUUGAACUGGUUGAUCAAUCUCCCUAUUUUCCUGAUAUGAUCCCAUUUGACUGUCGGUGAUGAUGAAGAUGAUAUAUAACAGGUUGAUUUAGCUCCUCAUGUUACUUAAAGUUUAUAAUGAGAUGAAAAAAACAUGACCAUGAAACUUUAAGCAACACAAGAGGCUAAGUUAACCUGUUACUAAGUAUAGAUAAUCACCAUCAUCAUCGUCAUCUUAAGGUUCACUUUUCCAUGCUUGCACAGGUAGGAUGGAAUUUUCAAGUUAAUAAAUAGAACUCCAGCUAUGUGUUGAGUGCUACUUUUCUUUGUUUGCCAA